AUGUCAUCGAUUUUUAUGUUGUUGAAAUUACAGGAUGAAGUUAAAACCUAUGCUGGAUUAUUAGUAAAGGGAUUCUCAUUCUGGGUUGGAUUACAUCUUGUUGGAGAGGACUGGAAAUGGGCCGAUAAUUCAACAGUUCAUAGCAAUGUUCUUAUGCUUGCUAAAAAGGUUUUAAUAGGAGGACAUAAUUGCAUAAAGUUUGAUAGUAGAACUGGAAUGCUGGUGGCCGAAUGUCAUACAUUAAAUGGUGUACUGUGUCAGCGCCGAGCUGGAAUGCAAAUCAGAUGUAAUUCAGCGGACGAUUGGCAAUCAUAUGGCGACAAAUGUUAUAAAGUAACAGGUCAUGGGCAGAAAGGUAGUUGGAAGCAAGCAAAGCUGUAUUGCAAAACAAUGAACGCUACUGUUGCCAGUCCCAUGUCGACAAACGAACAAUUUGCACUAUAUGACUUCGUACAAAAUAAUGGACAGAAAUUAUGGAUUGGCCUUCAUUCCGCUGAUGACCGUUUCAAUAAUCAGUGGAUUUGGACUAAUGGGUCUGUUUUAGUUGAUGGAUUCUGGCAAGAAACUGGUUCAGCUACUCUGUUACGUCGGCAGCAAAAUGAAUGCGCAUAUAUUAACCCUGGAAGUAACAAUUGGACACAAUCUUGGAAAUCAACUUCAUGUGAUACUAGAAAUGGUAACAUUAUAUGCGAAAUGAAAGCUGACAUGGCAAACGGAAAUGACCUUAUCGAAGUAAAACAACUUUACGAACAAUUGUAUGGAAACCUUGAAUACCACGCAGAAAGAAGGACAUGGUAUGAUGCAGAGGCUGUUUGUUCCGCUAGAGGAGGUUUACUAGCAUCGAGGAAUGAAACAUUUCAAUUUGACAGUGACGCAUGGAUCGCAGGAUCUAUUAAAAACAGUUCGAUCACAACAGAGUUGUGCCCUUUCGUCUCUACAACUGGUUACAGUUUUGGAGACUGUAAAGCAGUGAGGUCCUUCGUGUGUAACAUCAGUAUAAUAGCUGCUCCACUGUCAGAUUCACCGACAAGUCCUGCAGUUGUUGCUGUGUCUAUUUUGCUGGUUAUUAUUGCGAUAUUAGUCAUCCUGUUUCUUGUUCUGUGGCUAAAAAGGAGAAAGAGAAAAGACGAGAAAGAACUUGAAGUAUCUUAUCCCAAAAUAGAAAAGACUAAUGGUGCUUUACCUCACGACAAAUCAAAAGAAAAUGGUUCAAAACCAGAUCCAACUGAAAAUACAUACAAUCAUACUACAUCAUCAAAGCCUGUAACAAAUAAUAGCAACAACCAGAACUUGUAUGACCAUUGUACCAAGGUCCCCGAGGACACAUACGAUCAUACGGAAACAACAAACAGUGGUACAGGGAAACAAGCAGCUGACUAUGGUUGCGUUGACUUAGACGAUAAUCAAUACAAAUCAAUCGAUAGAACUCCUGGAUCACAAAAUGGUACAACAAAGUCAAACUACAAUGAUAUGUGAAUAUAUUUGUCAUGUGAUUUUUUUGAUUUUUUUAUCAUUUUGUAGUGCUACUAUACGAUUCGUGAAUACUCAUAUUGAAAUGCACAUUCAUUAAGAUUGUGAUGUAUCUAUAUUGCUGUACACUUUAGCUUUUGACAAUUGUCAGUUAAACAUUGUUUCAUCUGCAUAAUUAAAAGACGAUUUACAGCAGGAUAUUCCUACAGCUAGUUAAUGUUUUAAAAGGUGCUAUUUACUUGUCAGGUAGUAAAUAUGUUUGUACGUUAUAAUAGAUACAAAGUUCUAUAUUGAAAACAUGUAUGUAAAUAUUCUCAUCUCACUUUUAAGUAAUAAAAGUGAAAAUAUGCAGGCUUCGUUGUUGCUUUGUAAAG